UGAGCUGCACCUGCAGCAGCAACAAGAGGCGUCCACGCACGCACGCGUUCACUCCCACCAGGCUCGCCCACGGACGGACCCACGUCACACCGUCACCCUUUAUCACCAAAGCGCCAUGGGCCACAAAGGCAGCGACGGCGUGGCCGUGGAAAGACGUGUCGACCUGGCGUCCCUCUUCUGCAUGAUCGGGCGGCACGGUCCGGCCGUGGCUCUGGCCGUGUUCGCCGUGGUGUCGGUGCUGGCGGGCUACGUCAUCUACCGCGCCGUGAGGGGGACGACGAGGAGGAGGAAGACCGAGGAGGAGAGGCACCUUCCCGCGGGGGCCGACGGGUCCGUGCAGGCCGGACUGGAGGCAGCAAGAUCCGCUGCUUCAACAGGAGUUACAGAUGACGACUCCCUGGAUGUGAAACAGGAGGAUGAAGAAACUGAAACUCAACCCCAAGUCCGGCAACGCCGUGCUGCUGCUGCUAAGAGGGACUCUUGGCCCUGUCCUCCCCCACAGACUGACAUCCAAGCACCAGUCGGCCACCAUGAUACCUCACCCCACAUGCAAACUGUGCAGUCCUCAUCCAUGGAACCACAUGUGAUCUUCGAGGACCCCGGUCUAACCCUGCAGAGUGCAGUGGCGGAAGUACAGGAUGAGGAUGCUGAGGUUUGCUCCUCCAGUGCCAGAGUGGACGCCGUGAAGGAUGAAGAGGUACCACGGAGCAGCUUGGUAGAACCACCUGAGAUCCACCAUGAAGAGCAUGACCAACUAUACUGGGAUCGUGUCACAGAUGAGGCUAUUUCCACGAAAAACGCCACACAAGAGGGAAACUUAAAGCCUUUGAGUCAAGUUGUGUACAUGGAGGAACCCCUUGUCUUGGAGGAAUAUGUUGAUCAAGAUAAACAAGACGUUGGAUCUACGCCAGAGACGGAAACCGUGGAACUGAACACGACACUCACGAGCCUAAAUGAUGCCGUUGAAAAUGUAAAUCACCACCAAAACAAUCUUCAAAAAGAGGAGAGAACAAACGAGGUCAUCCAGACUAAAGAGGGCGAUGAAGGAGAUCACUUGAACAACACAACUGUUGAUGUUGAUGCUCGGUCGGAAGAACAUUCGCAGCAAGAGGACCACAGCCUGAAAUGCAACCUAGAGAUGGAUGUUUCUCAUGAUGAACCUGUGGAGAGUUGUCAAAUUAGUGCCAGCAGUGGAGACAAGCCAAGAGUCCCGAUGAUGGUUGAAGAACUUGUGGAUGAACUCGUGUCACGUAUCACCUCUGAUGCCUUGGGCUCUUUUUCUGACAAGUCAACAAAUGACCAGCCACAGAAAGUAGAAGUUCCAACUUUGGAUGAAGAUGUUGAACUUCCAAUGCCAUCCGACCAAAGUCAAAGUGUGACUGGAAUGACUGAAAAUGGUUCAACCACAGUGGAAGAUGAGGAACCGGUCGAACACAUGUCCAAACCCCAUGUUCUCGUCUAUGAUCAACAAAGCGUCCAAGAGAUGAACCAGUUCCAACCUCCGAUGACAUCGGCUCAAGUCCAAAUCAUGAUUGAAAAUGGUUCGACCACAGUAGAAGAUAAGGAACCGGUGGAACAUACAUCCAAACCCCAUGUUCUGGUCUAUGAUGAUCAAGAAAGUGUCCAAGAAACGAACCAGUUUGAGCCACCGGCUCCAGUCCCAAACAGGAUUGAAAAAUAUUCAACCACAGAAGAUAAGGAACCGGUCGAACAUAUGUCCAAACCCCUUGCUCUCGUCUAUGAUCAACAAAGCGUCCAAGAGUUGAACCAGUUCGAACCUCCGAUGACAUCGGCUCAAGUCCAAAACAUGAUUGAAAAUGGUUCGACCACAGUAGAAGAUAAGGAACCGGUGGAACAUACGUCCAUACCCCAUGUUCUGGUCUAUGAUGAUCAAGAAAGUGUCCAAGAAAAAAACCAGUUUGACCCAGCGGCUCCAGUCCAAAACCGGAUUGAAAAAUAUUCAACCACAGAAGAUAAGGAACCGGUCGAACAUAUGUCAGAACCCCUUGCUCUCGUCUAUGAUCAACAACGCGUCCAAGAGUUGAACCAGUUCGAACCUCCAAUGACAUCGGCUCAAGUCCAAAACAGGAUUGAAAAUGGUUCGACCACAGUAGAAGAUAAGGAACCGGUGGAACAUACGUCCAUACCCCAUGUUCUGGUCUAUGAUGAUCAAGAAAGUGUCCAAGAAACAAACCAGUUUGACCCAGCGGCUCCAGUCCAAAACCGGAUUGAAAAAUAUUCAACCACAGAAGAUAAGGAACCGGUCGAACAUAUGUCAGAACCCCUUGCUCUCGUCUAUGAUCAACAACGCGUCCAAGAGUUGAACCAGUUCGAACCUCCAAUGACAUCGGCUCAAGUCCAAAACAUGAUUGAAAAUGGUUCGACCACAGUAGAAGAUAAGGAACUGGUGGAACAUGUGUCAAAACCCCAUGUUCUGGUCUAUGAUGAUCAAGAGAAAAACCAGUUUGACCCACCAGCUCAAGUCCAAAACAGGAUUGAAAAUGAUUCAACCACAGAAGAUAAGGAACCGGUCGUACAUAUGUCCAAACCCCAUGUUCUGGUCUAUAAUGAUCAAGAAAGUGUCCAAGAGAAGAACCAGUUUGAACUACCGGCUCAAGUCCAAAACAGGAUUGAAAAUGAUUCAACCACAGAAGAUAAGGAACCGGUCGUACAUAUGUCCAAACCCCUUGUUCUGGUCUAUGAUGAUCAAGAAAGCGUCCAAGAGAAGAAUCAGUUUGACCCACCGGCUCAAGUCCAAAACAGGAUUGAAAAUGAUUCAACCACAGAAGACAAUGAACCGGUCAUACAUAUGUCCAAACCCCAUGUUCUGAUCUAUGAUGAUCAAGAAAGUGUCCAAGAGAAGAACCAGUUUGAACCACCGGCUCAAGUCCAAAACAGGAUUGAAAAUGAUUCAACCACAGAAGAUAAGGAACUGGUAGAACAUAUGUCCAAACCCCAUAUGUGCCCAAGUUCCCAAGAGAUUAACAGUGUAAGCAUCAUUGAUGCAAUUACUGAAACUGAUCCCUCCAUUCAGGAUCUGAGGGUUGACUCUGCAGUUGAUACAGAUGCCAGAGACCAAACCUUCCACAAAGCCAUUUCCUCUCAAGACCAACAAAAUGUCCAAAUUGAAGAUUGUUCCUUUGUGGUCAUUGAUCCUUCUCCUGACAUGACCCUACCGCUCUUCAUGCCAAACGAUCUGAGGGAUAACGACAUGACAUGCGGUGUAGGUGAAGAGAGCGGAAUUUCCAGUAUGGCCGUCAGCCCUGAACUAACUGACCCCGGGAAUCACUUCAGUACCAUGGAGCUUCUGGUGAUGGAUCAGGAACCACCCAUGAAGGAGAAACCAGAGACUCAAACUAGUCUCUUUGGCGAAAAUGCAAUUCUGUCAGUAAUGGGGGACGUUGAAGCAGCAAUGGGGUUUGAACCUCAACCAGAUCUGCUGUUGGACCGCUCUGAUCGUGACUCGUUUACAGUAAACCAGGUUGGUGACCAAAGAGAGAUGAGAAGUGAUGAGCAGAAUGUGAAAGUUGCAGAAAGUGUUAAGGAGAAAAGGGAUUGUGCAGAACAUAAAGAAACCGAAAAAGAUGAGAACUUUGCCAAGACUGAAAUAAAUAUCAUGGAGGCCACUAUGGACCAUAACGAGUGGAUCACAGAUGGUAGCCAACAUCUUCCCUGGAUGAACCUCACACUGCCGUCUUUUGGCCAGCAUCGCACCACAGACCUGCUCCCCGCUGAAGAACCAAAGCACACCGACUCAGAGCCCCCAUGUGAAGUCCAACCUGAAAACGUGGGAAGUAGGAACGUCAGCGUGACCUUCCGCGUCCACUACCUCACCCAGUCGCCCUUCCAGAAGUUGGCGGUCACAGGAAACCGGUCGGAGUUGGGAAACUGGAAGGGGUACAUCCCUCUGGAGAGCGCCGAUGACGGAUACUGGGCGGCCGCGGUGAGUCUCCCCGCCAAGAGUCUCGUGCAGUGGAAGUUUGUGGUAGUGGACAAGGGGGAGGUCUGUCGCUGGGAAGAAUGCGGCAACCGACUGCUCGAUACGGGAUGCGGCGAAGAUGUGCUCCUGCACAAAUUUUGGGGUUUUCUGUGAGGGCCGUUGUAGGUCAUGAGGUGUGCUGGGUACUAUUUUAACGCAGGGCUUUUUUUUUUUUUUUGUGAUUUAAUAUUUUUAAAUAUGAAAUGGCAGGUUUGACACAUUGGGAAGCAAAUAGGUUCAUAUUCAGACGUUAGAAUGCGUUACGUUCUAUAAAUAUAUUUGACGAUAGGAAAACUGUUAGAUGUCACCGACUGUUUGUAAGUUAGCACCAGUCAGAUUGUUUUGACUUCCAACUCACUGAUUGUAGGACUGGCGUCCAGAACGAUAUUUACACACUGAUUUUGCAACACCCGUUGUUUCACAAUUGGCACUUUUUUUAACUGGGCGAGUUGCAACUUAAAUGUUCAAUUGGUGUAGAAGCUGCAAUACUGUUUUUUUAUGAUUCUGUGUGCAUACAUACACGCAUGCACUUGACUCACAGCAAUAAUCAAAGCAAUAACGACUGUUUGAAUAGCCAGAUUUUGUUAAAAACUACAAGUGUGAUUCUGCUGUUUUUCCUGCCUGCAUGUAACAGUCUCACUUCAUCCAGUGCCUUUUUAUGAGACUUAUAAAAUGUUUUUUUUAAAUCUAUAUUCUCAAAGUUGUAUCCUAUUAUGCAAUCUUGUGAUGUUAAUGCUGGAUGUAUGUAUUGCAAAUAAAUUGUCAGUCAUAAGUGGAAUAUAUGUCGCGUAUUUAAAUAAAGGCCAGUUAAUUACAA